CAGCAAACUCCGCAACCCCGCACCCACCCCUCCUUCUCUCUCUGCCCCCACAUCCUCGGGAAAGAAGAGGCGGAGGAAGAAGAGGUGGAGAGACAGCCGGGCAGAUCCUGUCUGAUCUCCAUGCCGGUGAUGUGUGGUUUGUUUUUGUUUUUAUCCCCCCCCUCCCCCCGCCAUCAUCUUCCUGUUGCCGGCUAGCCUGAGCUAAGCCAAGCCAAGGCGCCCGCAGAGCGAGUCUGUGGGGUGUUGUGUAUUUUUUUUUCUCUUGGGUUGCCCUCGGGCUUCUGAUAAUGGAAAAAGCGCCCAUAGAAAUUUCUGGCGGCGGCGGUGAUGGUGGUGGUGCCGGCGUCCCUCCUCUUUUUUUUUCCACCAGCAGCAGAUCAGUAUUGUGUGGGAGGAGGGCAGGAGCAGCGGCGGCGGCAGGGAUGGACUUGGUCUUUUGGAUUUCUUGCUAAAGGGAGCAGCACAAACACCAAACGCACCAGACCAGAAAGGAGACAGACACGAGAGGAGCCGCUGCUACUUGCUGCCUUUGCCUCUGCCUGAUGCAUCGCCUCCUCUCCCAGCAGAGCCAGAAGACCCGUGCAUAAAAAGGAGGCUUCGCUUCCCUUUCCUGCCUUCGUCUCCUCCUCCCCCACACCUUGCAGCCUCCCUGCUGCAGCAGAUGUGUUUGGGGUCACCGCACAGCUGGGACUAUGGUGAAAUUUCCGGCGCUCACUAACUACUGGCCCCUGAUCCGCUUCUUGGUCCCUCUGGGCAUCACCAAUAUAGCCAUCGACUUCGGGGAACAGGCUUUGAACAGAGGUAUCGCAGCUGUUAAGGAAGAUGCCGUAGAAAUGCUAGCCAGCUAUGGAUUGGCAUACUCGCUUAUGAAGUUUUUCACAGGUCCAAUGAGUGACUUCAAGAAUGUGGGGCUGGUGUUUGUUAACAGUAAGAGGGACAGAACCAAAGCAGUUUUGUGCAUGGUUGUGGCUGGUGGUGUGGCUGCUGUAUUUCACACCUUGAUAGCGUACAGUGAUUUGGGUUACUACAUUAUUAACAAGUUGCAUCACGUGGACGACUCAGUGGGAAGUAAAACGCGCAAGGCCUUCCUUUAUCUUGCAGCCUUCCCUUUUAUGGAUGCCAUGGCUUGGACCCAUGCGGGCAUUCUUUUGAAACACAAAUACAGUUUUCUGGUGGGAUGUGCCUCCAUCUCAGAUGUCAUUGCUCAGGUUGUUUUUGUAGCCAUUUUACUGCACAGUCACUUGGAAUGCAGAGAGCCUCUUCUCAUCCCCAUACUGUCUUUGUACAUGGGAGCACUUGUCCGAUGUACCACCUUAUGUCUGGGUUACUACAGAAACAUACAUGACAUUAUUCCUGACAGUAGUGGACCAGAGAUGGGGGGAGAUGCUACAAUAAAAAAGAUGCUUGGCUUCUGGUGGCCUUUGGCAUUAAUUCUGGCCACUCAAAGAAUCAGCCGGCCUAUCGUCAACCUCUUUGUAUCCCGGGAUCUGGGUGGCAGUUCAGCAGCUACAGAGGCGGUGGCAAUUUUGACGGCUACAUAUCCAGUGGGGCACAUGCCAUAUGGCUGGUUGACAGAGAUUCGAGCUGUUUAUCCUGCUUUUGACAAGAAUAAUCCCAGCAAUAAAAUGGUGAACACAAGCAGCACUGUAUCAGCAACGCAUAUCAAAAAGUUCACUUUUGUCUGCAUGGCCCUAUCGUUAACGCUCUGCUUUGUGAUGUUUUGGACUCCUAACGUGUCAGAGAAGAUUUUAAUAGACAUAAUUGGAGUCGAUUUUGCCUUUGCAGAGCUCUGUGUCAUUCCUCUGCGUAUCUUCUCCUUUUUCCCAGUUCCAGUCACAGUCAGAGCACACCUGACAGGAUGGUUGAUGACACUGAAAAAGACUUUUGUGCUGGCCCCUAGCUCAGUACUGCGGAUCAUUGUUCUCAUCACCAGUCUGAUUGUGCUGCCUUACAUGGGGGUUCAUGGAGCCACCCUUGGAGUAGGAUCACUUCUGGCUGGCUUUGUAGGAGAAUCUACUAUGGUUGCAAUAGCAGCUUGUUACGUCUAUCAGAAACAGAAAAAGAAGAGGAAUGACAGUGAGACUGCAGCAGAAGGCGAAGACUCCGCCAUGACUGACAUGCCUCAAACAGAGGAAAUGACGGACAUCGUAGAAAUGAGAGAAGAAAAUGAAUAACAAUUGGGAGGUGACUUUUCUGCAGGGACAACUGGAAGCAUAAUUCUUCUCUCAUACUUUACUGUUUAUUUUUUAAUAAAGAGGCCUUGAUUCCAAAGGUUUCAGAUAACGAAUUCCCUAGCAUACCAAGUAUGCUGGCAUGAAUGAGAGACUUAAAGGAACAGUCUCUGCUUCCCGCCCCCCUUUCAACUGAAUUUCUUCUCUCACUUCAAACUCAAAAGAUGUGGCUGCUGCACACUUGAGAGAGCCUCCCGUCUUUGGACAGUCUCCAUUUGUCAACACAAAGUCACCCUGUUUUUUUCGUGGGUUCUGCUGCCGUCCUUUCACCUUCUCCAGUGCUUCUCCGCGCCCACCCUGAUACACUCACUUCCUUUUUUUAUUAAUGAAAGAUUAAAAAUGCAAAAUUUGAAAAAUUACAACAUCAGCUUUAUUUUACUUGCUUGGAGAUGACUUUGCUCUAUUGAUGUGUAUCAUGGGGGGUUCUUGAGUUUGGCUUUCUCAUCAUUAAAUGUAAUAUAUUGUAUACAAAGCAGAAUACCGAGACAGGAAUCAAGAAAGAAUAAAUGGCAGGUGGAAUAUAUUAAAUAGACAGUGAUAAAUACAGUACAAGACUUCUGUUUAGAUUGAUUAUGUCACUUAAGGUACAAAGUAGUCUUCUUUCUAUUUUCUGGUUAAUCAACUGUGAACUGUUAUCUCUACUACACUAACCUUAUAACUAUUUUCUAAAACAAUUGUGGACAUUUAAAUCAGAAGCUUUAUAUAGAAUAUUAGUGUCCAGUCUAAAACCCUUUCUUUGAGAGGCUUUUGUUCCCGUGCUCAGUGCUGUGCAGGAUACUGUGGUUGAGGUGUGGUACAACCAGCUGUUUUUUGAAAGCAAGAUGACAAAAACAAAAAUUACCAAUACUUAAACCAAAGUUCUAAUCCAUUU